AUGGUGUUCCGUGCUGACGCGACGGUCUGGAGCCUCCCGCCCAUCCCAGACACUGUUCCACUAUGCGAAUUUAUCUUUGACGAGAGAUACGGCAGACGUCCAAUGGCCGAGUCAUUAGACCCAUUCAUCUGCGGGAUCAGCGGGAAGAGAAUCUCGCCGCAGGAGCAGAAAGAUCGCGUCGACCACCUUGCACGGGCGUUGGCGAAACAUUUCGCAUGGAACGUGAAUGAAGGGACUGAGUUUGACAAGGUGGCAGUCAUCUUCGCCCCCAAUACGAUCGAUACCAUGACUAUAUCGUGGGCUCUUCAUCGCGUCAACGGUCUAUCUUCACCAGCCAACUCGGUUUACAGCGCCGAUGAACUUCGUCACCAACUCGAAACUUCGAGAGCAAAGGCUAUUUUCACCGUUGCGUCGUUACUGCCUGUCGCAUUAGAAGCCGCUGAGAAGCACAAGGUCAACAAAGGCCACAUCAUUCUCUGUGAAAUGCCCGGCGAUCAUUCAUAUCCCCGGGACUUUCGAACUGUGUCGCAACUGAUAGAGGAAGGCCGCCACUUACCUGCCCUAGAAGCUCUCGCGUGGGCGAAGGGACAAGGCGCACGCCAGACCGCAUUCCUCUGCUUCUCUAGCGGUACCUCGGGCGUUCCCAAGGCCGUCAUGAUCUCUCACUACAAUGUCAUUGCCAACGUGUUGCAACUACAGGUUUACGAGCAGCCGAUGCGCGACGCAAUCCAACCUAACUGGCGUGAUGUGACGGUCGGUUUGAUGCCGUUUUCGCACAUUUACGGCCUCGUGGCCGUUUGCCACAUUGGAUUAUACAGGGGCGAUAGUAUGGUUGUUCUGCCAAAAUUCGACAUUAGGGCCUUUCUCUCCACGAUCGAGGCGUACAAGAUCAACACACUGCCGAUUGUACCUCCGAUCAUCAUAACCAUGACCAAGCAGAAGGCGCUCUGCGAUCGUUACGACUUGACCAGCGUGAAGCAGAUAUUGAGUGGAGCCGCUCCACUCAGUAGAGAAGUGGCUCAGAAGCUUUCUUCGCAGCAUGGCAGCUGGGUGAUAAGACAAGGCUACGGUUUAACUGAAACGGCAACGGCAGUGGCCAGCUCCCCUUCCUGGGAUAUCUGGCUGGGAUCUUCCGGUUGUAUUAUGCCUGGCGUUGAAGCCAAGCUUCUCAGCCCAGAAGGCGUGGAGAUCACGGCAUAUAAUCAGCCGGGAGAGCUGUUGAUAAAAUCUCCCAGCGUCGUGCUGGGGUACCUGAACAACCCACAAGCCAACGAGGAGACUUUUAUCGAUAUGCCCGACGGCCGCUAUCUAAAGACCGGCGAUGAGGUUGAAAUACGUUUGAGCCCUGCCGGCAAUGAACACAUCUGGGUUGUGGAUCGAAUAAAAGAAUUGAUCAAGGUCAAGGGUCUGCAAGUCGCACCUGCGGAGCUCGAAGGAUGCCUCCUGGAGCACCCAGCCGUUACCGACUGCGCUGUCAUUCCGGUACCUGACGAACGUGCAGGUGAAUUACCCAAAGCUUUUGUUGUCAAGUCCCCAGAUUUUGACACAUGCGACCAAGUUGACCUCAAGCAAAGCAUUAUCAAACACGUCGAGAAAGUCAAGGCUCGUCACAAGAGGCUCGCUGAUGUGGAAUUCAUAGACAUUAUUCCAAAAAGCCCAUCCGGCAAGAUUCUCCGCCGUGUCUUGCGCGACAGGGAAAGGCAGAGGACUAAGUACUUAGACGCGAAGCUAUAG